AUGUCAACCGACGCCGAGACGCUCGACGCUGUACGCAAGCGCCUCAUCGAGACAGGCGACUGGGACCGCAUCGCGCGCCUCCUCCGCCAGCGCCUUGAAGAGAGCGGAUUCGACGACGACCUCAAAGACCUCGCAAAGGAGAAGGCGCGCAAGGCAGGCGCACCGAGUCUUGCACAGCUCGUUACAGAGGUGACACCCGAGGCUGAGCGCCUCGUCAAGGCCGACCUGCGCGAGGCGCUCGUGAGCGAGCUUGAGGCCGUGAUUGAACGCGAGGUCGAACGCGUCUAG